UCCACUCUCCUUCUAGAGUAACAACACGUAUCGCAAUCGCGUGCACUAGCACAGCCCCACAGCACCUACUAGGAAUCUCCGCGAUUCAAUUCACCACCCGCAGUCCCCACCGGAGCUGAGCAUCUACGCUACGGCGCUGUACAGCAUUGCGGUCGGGCCAUUACCGCUCCUCCAGACAACAGACAGAAACGGCAGCAAUUGAAUGGCGGGGCACGGUGGCGUUGGUGAUCGUUGCGUCGGGUAGUACGCGCGCACCCGCCGGGCGCCGGCGCCCCGAAACAACCAGGCACGCAAAAGGGACGCAGGCACGAAAGGGACGGCGCGGGAACGGGAGAGCGAGAGCGGAAGGGCCGACGCUCGGCAGGCGGCAGGCGGCAGUCACGCGGUGGGGGGAACCCGAAAAGAGAAAGGGCAGGGCCGGCCGGGUACCUUUCGCGCUGUUGCCUGGCUGUUAUUGGGUUCCUCGUUCUGCUGCUCUGCCCUCUGCCCCUGGCCUGCCUGCCUGCCGGCCGGCCUCCCUCCUUCACUCCCCGUGAGUCGCCGCCGCGCCGCGGCGUCCAGGGAUGGCGGACGGGAGCCUCUGCGCCUGGUGGUGCUGUGCCGUAGCCUGCGCGCUGGCGGUUGUCGCAGCGGACGGCGUCCUCGUGGACAUCACCUAUGUGGAAAGCGCCGUGGCCAAAGGAGCAGUGUGUUUGGAUGGUAGCGCGCCGGCGUACCAUCUCGCCCGCGGCUCCGGCUCCGGCGAGAACAGCUGGCUGGUCCAUUUCGAGGGUGGAGGAUGGUGCAACAAUGUCACGACCUGCCUGCAGCGGAAGCGCACGCGAUUGGGAUCAUCCAAGGAGAUGGCGACGCAGAUUGCCUUCUCCGGAAUCCUCAGUGACACGCCGGAUGGCAACCCAGCAAUUCAGACCACCUAGACCUGUAGCUUCACAUGCUGAAUGCCUGUGCAACCAUCGAAACCAGACUUUUACAAUUGGAACAAAGUCAAGGUUCGGUACUGCGAUGGUUCAUCUUUCACUGGCGAUGUUGAAGAAGUUGAUCCUACAACAAAGUUACACUUUAGAGGUGCGAGGAUAUGGCAAGCUGUCAUGGAGGACCUGCUUGCAAAAGGGAUGGACAAAGCUGAAAAUAUUUCAUGACCUUCUGCCGCUGGCUGCAAGAGUUAAAUGCCUUUCUGAUGCUGGGUUCUUCAUUAACGAGAAAGAUGUUGCUGGAGUUGGGUACAUUGCUGCUUUUUUCAACGAUGUGGUUACAACACAUGGGUCAGCAAAUAAUUUACCGCCUUCAUGCACUUCAAUGUUACCUCCAGGAAUGUGCUUUUUCCCCAAGAACGAGGUGAAACAGAUACAUACACCUCUAUUCAUCCUCAACGCAGCAUAUGAUUCAUGGCAGGUAAGGAACAUUUUGGUGCCAGGAGUUGCUGACCCUCAUGGUAAAUGGCAUAGCUGUAAGCAUGACAUCGGCCAGUGCUCUGCAUCGCAGCUACGGGUAUUGCAGGGAUUCAGGGGUGAUUUUUUGAAGGAAGUGUCUGAACAAGCGAACUCCGACUCAAGAGGGUUGUUCAUAAACUCAUGCUUCGUGCACUGCCAGUCUGAGUCGCAGGAGCUAUGGUUCUCAUCUGACUCCCCCAAGCUCGGAAACACAACAAUAGCAAACGCUGUUGGCGACUGGUUCUUCGGUCGCAGCUCCUUCCAGAAGAUAGACUGCCCGUACCCUUGUGACUCGACCUGUCACAAUGGGAUCUACGAGGACUCAUCACAAGCAUAGCAAUUACAGUGGCCUCACUUCGUACUGCCAUUCACUAUAAUACUGUGGUCUUUACUUUUGUACCUUCAAAUAAUUGUGCGCCAUUGAUCUGGAUGUCUUUUAUAACAUAUUACUUCAUAGGAGGUAAUAGUAAAAAUAUUUAUUUAUUUUAUUUUGGAAGGAAAUGAAGUGUCAAAGUAUGUUGUCUA